GAUGGCGUUCUCUGAAGGUGAUUUUGAGAAAGGGAAGAAGCUCUUCGUUCAAAGAUGUGGACAGUGUCACACCGUUGAGAAAGGUGGUCCACACAAAGUAGGACCCAAUCUAAAUGGUUUGUUUGGACGUAAAACUGGUCAAGCUCCCGGGUAUACCUACACUGCUGCCAACAUUAGUAAAGGCAUCAUAUGGAAUGAGCAGACUCUAUUUGAAUAUUUGGAAAAUCCAAAAAAGUAUAUCCCUGGUACAAAGAUGGUGUUUGCUGGUUUAAAGAAGGAAGCUGAUCGAAAUGAUAUUAUUUCCUACCUUAAAGAAGCAACAAAAUAAGAAUAUUCUAAAUAUCUGACUCCUAGAUUUAACUUCGUUGUAGCAGUUCUUUAAUUAACUAAAUGUGUAUAAAUACAUAAAACCUGAGCUUCCAAGUACGUGAAAAUGGAUACUCUUGGCUGUGUAUUUCUGAUCUCUUCUGAGGUCAAUAUACUAUGAUUAUUCAGUUUCUGAGAUUUUUGUAAAAUUAAUACUA